UUUUUUCCGCCCAAGUUCGCGGAUAUUGAGAACGUAUAUGUCGCAUUGUCUUAGACUGCUGUUCAAAUCCCGUGUCGGUGUAGGAUACUGGAAUAAAUAACCCGCUUCCAUGAGGCAGAGCGGGAUGUUUGAUUUCAAAGUGCGUCACACGGACCGGCUCUCUCCAGCCGUGGCCACUGGUUAGAAAAGUCACAGCAGGAAGCGCUUCUUCUCAGCCAGGGUUUUGAUAGGUUGCGCGUCGUGAUGAAACCCGCCAAAGACGCAUUGAAAACCUGCCCUGCGAGCUACAGAGGAACUUCACCCUGAUGCGAGAGUUAGACAACAGGACAGAAGAAAAGAAGGCAGAAAUAGACCAGUUGGCUGCAGAAUACAUUGCAAAUGUGAGGAACCUGGCUUCAGAGCAGAGAGUGGAGCACUUACAGAAGAUUCAUUCAGCCUAUAACAAAUGCAAAGAAUACAGUGAUGACAAGGUUCAGCUUGCCAUGCAGACAUACGAAAUGGUGGAUAAGCACAUUCGGAGGCUGGAUGCAGACCUUGCCCGCUUCGAGGCAGACCUGAAGGAGAAGCUGGAAGUGAGCGGCUAUGAGAGUCCUGAUGGAAGAGGCCUAAAGAAGGGCAGGAGUCAAAAGGACAAGAGGGGGUCGAGGGGGAGAGGUAGGAAGGGAUCUGAUGAUGACUCCCCCAAGAAGAAAAAAAUGAAGAACAGCCCAGACUACAAUGAUUCUAUUCUAGCUGUGCAUCCUUCUGACGUCUUGGAUAUGCCUGUUGAUCCCAAUGAGCCUACUUACUGUCUGUGUCACCAAGUGUCAUAUGGAGAAAUGAUUGGAUGUGAUAACCCGGAUUGUCCAAUAGAGUGGUUUCACUUUGCUUGUGUUGAUCUUACUACAAAGCCAAAAGGGAAGUGGUAUUGUCCUCGCUGUAUCCAGGACAGAAAGAAAAAAUGAGAAUUGGAUUACGUUUUGAGAAAGAUUAUAUUUUGUUUAUAUAGUAUAAUUUAUAUACAUAUUUUCCCUUUCCUUGACCAUAUUUUUCAUAGGAUCAGUCAUAACAUCAAGGUCUUUUUAAAUCCCUUGUUAGUGACUUGAAGUAUGCAUCAGACCUUGUCCAUUGGACCAUAUAAAACCCUAAAUGACACCUCAGACUAAAACUGAUUAAGACACAAGAACCCAAUAUUCGUAAGGACAGGCAUUAGCUUAAGAUUGAAGCGAUGAAAGGUCUGUGUUUCAGUGUUUUGGAUGUUUCCACUGACCUACCUCACAGGUGAAGAAUACCAUAGUUUUUUUAGCCCUGCCGAAAUUCGGCAGGUAGAAAAUUGUUUAAAUCCAGCUUGAGCCAAAAAUAAAAUGGAUUUUAGUGAUUCCAUCCACAGAGCAACUAGCUUGAUCUUGAUCUUCUGUUUUUUUUAUUCGUGCACAAGCUCUGUAGUAAAAAAGUUUUUUUUUUACUAGUCUUCAUAUGAGUGGUUCUAGGAUACUGAAUUAAUUUGCUUCCGUUACAGUUCUAUAAUGGUAACUGUUGAAGAUGUAAACUCUUUUGGAGAGAUUUGACUAAUUUUUGGCAUGUCAACAUCUAGUCAUAUUUGCACUUCUGGUAGAAGCCCUCCUGUGCAUUCUUCAGCACCCUUACUGAAGUUCAAUAUUUCUGGGCAUGAGCAAUUGCAUUUUAAUGCUCAAAUUAUUGAUGGAAAGUGCAGAUUGUCACCUUUAAAAGUUGUAGUGAGUAAUUGUUGAGCUUUUAUAUAACCAUUGUCAACAUAACUAAAGCAAACAAUUGGUAGGUACUGUAAGGAUUUUCAGAGUGGGCUUUUUUUAAAGAACUGCUACGAGUUUAUAAUUAACCUUUGUUAACGGAAUACUGGGUUAAGUUUUAGAUUUGUUUUUAAUAUCAGACAUACAGUAGGGUACCUCCUUUUAUUAUACAGAUUUUAAAAUUAACUUCUUCCAAAAAAGUCAUUCUUUUUUAAGAUGAACCAUUCCUAACUCAUGUAAAUAUAGGUUAUAGAAAGCACCCAGUUUCAAAAUCUGACUAAGCUUAUUGUUAAAUAAUUAGUUGAGAUUAGAGCAGAUACAAGAUCCGUUUAUUUACGAGCACAGGCCUUGAUCCACGAUGAUCUGCAAUUAAGAGUUGUACUGUAUAUAAUGGCAUAUUGUAAAAUUGUAGAUGGAAGAGUACUGUAGAAAGUCUUAUAAUGAAUUACAUGCACUGAAUCCAUGCCAAAAAUAAGAAAAAUCUGCUGCUUGAACUAUUAACUGAAACUCAUUCUAUAUAAUCUUAAAUGAAUGUAGAGGUGGAUUUGUUUUUUAAGAACUGUGAAUCUUACUUUAGAAAAGUAAGGGAUGCUGUACAGUUUGUCUUGUUUGAAGAGGUGGCACAAUAUUUAUAUAAAUGUGUAACUACAGUGUUUUAAUUGUUGUAAACAAAAAUAAACAGUCAUCAUAGAAUAAUAUUCCAGUCUGUAGUAUGUGCUGCUAGAUUAUGACAUUGGUUCUUUCAGGACCAGUUGGGCUGGUUUCACAGAUGCUGAUCAUAUUUGGUCAUUCAAAAUUAGUACUUAACAGGCUGUGUAAAAGAAGUCCUCUAUGUCCUCCAAGUUUAAAUUGAACUUAUUUUAGACAGGCAAGUGUAAGAUGUUACCCAAGUCCUGUAAUGAACAGUUACUAACCAUGUCUACUUCAAGACAAGGAAAUCAAGAUUUAUAUAUGGAGUACAUCCAUUACUUAAGUUAGCCUUUGUAGCAGGCAUCAAUAUGUCAAACCAUAAGGAUUUUAAAACAGACGUUUCUAGGAGGACAAAACUAUGAUCAUAAUUGCUGUCCAAAACCAAAUUAGUAUUAAAAUGCUUGUAAACCUUUUCAGGAUUAUUUUGAAACCUGUAAAUGGUAUUAUCCAUAUAAAGGGCACAUUCAGAAAUUUAUCAAAACUACAAUCGGGGAUGGAUUGAAACACUUUAAAAUGGCCUUUAUACAAUAUAUUUACGGUUCAUAAUCUGUUUUAAUAUUAUGCCUGCCAAACCUUUCAGUGCAGUGUUUUGUUAAACUCCGUUGAUUUGGCAUUUUUCUUCUAUGUAAAUUUGACCAAUCCAUAUUCAAUGUACUGUACAUUACGUUUUGGGGGAAAAGGUUAUAGCUGGUAAGGUGGUACCAGUAAUUUAAUUUUAAAAAUGUAUGUAGUUUUAAUUUAAUAAUGUGUACAAGAAAACCCAGCAUUUUAAUUAAGUAGUGAAUAAUCAAAAUUUUAUUUGACAGGAUGUUCAGUGAAUAUAUAAAUAAUGAUACGUGAUGUAAUUAAUUUAUUUUGUAGUCAUACAAACUAGAACAAAUUAAUUGAUGACUGCUGUGAAAAUUAGGCCAUGUAAAACUUAAAGAAUCUUUGUAACCUAAAUACCAUUAUUAAGAAAAGAGAAAAGAUGGGUGGGAUUCAGAGGCCUCUUGAUAAGUUGAAUCCAUUUUCCCCAGAUAUUUAAAACUAAAAAAAACUGAUCUGCCCAAAAAGCAACCUUGCUAAAGACAUGGAGCAUGUCCUGUGAGUGUCAUAGAGUGUUAUAAAAGUAUAAAAGUUUAUAACAAAGUGGCUAACAUUCUCAUAGAAGAAAAUCUGUAACAUUUGUGAAGUACUUUGGGUUAGUGUGAAUGAUGGAAGAUGUUGCAUAAAUAUCUAUUCCCACAGACCACUUGUGCUUAAGUAAAAUACAAAUAAAAUCAAAGAAAUG